GACCAAUCAUCUGAUGAGUCCAGCUGGCUCUGGCCAAUCAGCAUCCAGAAUCGCUUCGCAAACUUCUGCGCGCCCUUGAAUCUGAAACUCGCCAGAAGGAAAAGUAACAUACUCACCAAUAGCUGUUCCAUCAGCAAAAAACAAGACCAGCUAACGAGCUGAAGGCAGAGUCUCCCUCGGUCCCUGGAGCGUUUCUCGCCCCAAAUGGCAUCCGAAGCUUUGGACAGUUUUGAGGAGUCGGAUGAUUUCCAAGACUCUGGGAGUGAUUAUGAGGCCACGAUAAAAGCUUCAAAGCGGAAAAAACGUGCAGUGCUUGGACCUAAGUCACCCAAGAGACCCAGGCGUAAAGCUGCAUCGAGGUUGACGUCCAGCCCCCGUAAUAGCCCCAUCCCCAGUCGUGUAUACCCCUCCCCGCAGCAGCAGCAGAGCUCUCAGGGGACAUCCAGGCAGGUCUCUCCCAGAUCUAUGAGAAGAGUGAAUGAGGAAAGCCAGGGCAUCAGUGCAGAGAAUAUCUAUGAUGCAGUCUGCUCUGGAAAGAGUGCCAUGGUGGCGGUGGUGGACGAAUGGCUGGACAGCUACAAGCGAGGCCGAGAAGUGGGGCUGCUGGUGCUCAUCAACUUCAUUGUUCAGUCCUGCGGAUGCAAAGGUGUGGUUAAUAGAGAGAUGCUCGACAGCAUGGAGAAUGCUGAGAUCAUCAGCACGCUAACUAAAGAGUUCAAUGAGGACUCAGUGAACUAUCCUCUGAGUACUCCAGGCCCCCAGCUGAAGCGUUUCAAAGCCGGUCUGUGCGAGUUUGCUCAGGUCGUGGUGCGCUCCUGUCGUAACAGCCUCAUUUAUGAUGAAUACCUCUUCCCGUCCCUGCUGGCUAUGCUCACCGGCCUGUCUGACUCCCAGGUCCGAGCCUUCAGACACACCAGCACCUUGCUCGCCAUGAAGCUGAUGACUGGGCUGGUGGAAGUAGCUGUGAUAGUGUCUGUUCAGCUGCAGACCACCCAGCGGCGACACGACAUGGAGAACAGCAAGAAGCCGCAUGACAGAGCUUCUGACAGACUGGAGGAGCUGCAGGCCACCAUCACUGAGCUGCGGGAGAAGAGAGAGGAGCUUUCCUCUAUGAUGAACGCCACCUUCCGCGGUGUGUUUGUGCAUCGCUACCGGGACCGGCUGCCUGAGAUUAGGGUGGCCUGUAUUGAGGAGUUGGGCAAGUGGCUGAAAACGGACCCUGAAGACUUCCUGAAUGAUGGAUGUCUAAAAUACCUGGGAUGGACCCUGCACGAUAAGCAAAGUCCAGUGCGUCUGCAGUGUGUGCGUGCCUUGCAGGGUCUGUACCAGGAGAAGGAAUUCAUUGGCCGCCUGGAGCUUUUCACCGGCAGAUUCAAAGAGAGGAUGCUCAGCAUGGUGCUGGACAAAGACCCAGACGUGGCAGUGGAAGUGGUCAAUCUGUUGCUGCUGAUCCACCAGAGGAUGGAGGAAGGCCUGAGAGAGGAGGAGUGCGGUCACAUCUAUCCACUGGUUUACGCUUCGCACCGAGGCCUGGCGUCUGCUGCCGGCGUCUUCCUCUAUAACAAGCUGAAAAGUGUGAUUUCCAGUGACAACCAGGUGAAUGAAAGUGAAAAUGCAGCCCUCGUUCAAAUCCUCAUCUCCUUCUACAUCCAGAGUGAAUUUCAUGAGCACGGGUCGUACCUGGUCGACAGUCUGUGGGGUGUGGCGGGCUCUGAGCUGAGAGACUGGGAGACGAUGACGGCAUUCCUGCUUCAGGAGGCUGGCCUGCUGGACGAGGAGGAGGGGGCUCUCAUAGAGCUCAUGAUGUGUGCCAUCAGACAGGCGGCGCAGGGAACCCCACCCGUUGGGAGAACUCAGGGCAAGAAGAUGUUGAGUAUGAAGGAUAAGAAGAUCCAGGAACAAGACAAGAGACGCAUCACCACACACUUCAUCCCCUUGAUGCCACAGCUACUGACCAAGUACUCGGCAGAUGCAGGGAAAGUGAGCCUCCUUCUCAAAGCUCCUCUCUACUUCAACCUGGACAUGUACAACAGCGCUCAGUGGCUGGAGAAGCAUCUGGACCUGCUGCUGUCCCAGGUGUGUGGCAUUGUGGAGAAGCACACAGAGGCCACCGUUCUGGAGGCUUGCACCCACCUGGUCUGCGCUCUUUGCUCCGACACUUACACGUUCUCGUCCCGCGCACACCUGGCUUUCAGCCAGCUGGUGGACGGCCUGACCGAGUGCUUCAGCGCGUACUCAAGUGACCUGCUGCAGGGCACUGCAGAUGAAAAUGACUUGUACAGUGCGUCCACUGCCUUGAAAAGAAUCGCUGCUUUGAGCUGCGCCAAAGACCUGACAGGCUGGAAGCUCUUUGACCCUUGUGUUGAACUGCUGAAGAGCAGGCUGGAGUCCAGAGAGCUCGACAAGGAGCUCAUGGUGUCGGCCCUGAAGUGUGCAGCCUUUCACCUGAUGUGGGCCAAAGUGAACGCGGUCAACUCCAGGCCCACCGAGGCAGAACUGAAGCGUCUGAAGAAAGAUGUGCGUUCGUUCUGCAGAGUCUGUCAGACGUGUCUGCCUCUGAACCAGACUGAGAUCAGAGAUCAGGCAUUUGAGCUGCUGUGUGACCUGCUGCUGUUGUACAGUAAGAGCUCAGUCCGCUCUGAUCCCGCCCUCCAGGCACUGGUCCACCUCCCCUCUGAUACCCUGCGCUCUGAGAUGGCCGCUUUCCUCCUGGACUUCAUCUUCACUGAGUCUGAAGAUGCUGAUCUCGACGUCGAGGGUGAGGAAGAGAUGAAGAUCACCCUUCUCCAGAGGAAGCGCAACCAGCUGGCUGGCUACUGUAAGCUGGUCCUCUACGGAGUGCUGGACCUCACUGCAGCCACUGACGUCUUCAAGCACUACAACAAGUUCUUUAAAGACUUUGGUGACAUCAUCAAAGAGACGAUGAGUAAGAGCAAGCUCAUCAGCCACGUACAGAGCGCCAAGACCGUGUGUCUGAGCCUGCAGCAGCUGUUCUCAGAGAUGCUUACGGAGAACCACAGCAGGCAGGAUCUCUGUGAGAUUAGAGACCUGGGCAAGAGGCUCGCCAUGAGCUUUGGCAUCGAUCUUCAUCGUGUCCGCAAACCACUGGUGGCCCUGCACAUGGACGGGAUACGUUUCGCGUUUCGGGACCCACAGGAGGGAGAGGAGCAGCUCCCGCAUGUAACCUUCUUGGAGAUACUCAGCGAGUUCAGUUUUAAGCUGCUGCAACAGGACCGUGCACAGCUGGCUGCAUUACUGAAACUAGAGUGUCCCAGUGCUGCCCUCUCCUGGCCGUCAGUCAAACUGUAUCAGCGGUCUUUGGAGGGUCGUUCCGCCUCCCGACCCAGGGAGCAGGAGGAGGGUGGUGACGUCUCCUCACAUGAUACUCCUAAAGCUAAACGCAAGAGGACCACCGCUCAGGGCUCAGUGAGCAGCACCGUCAGAGACUCCUGGUUGGAAAGCAGCAGUAUCCACAGUAACCUUCACACGCCUGCCCUCACCUCCACCGUCCAGAGGCAGCCGGCCAAACUGUUGGCCUCUGGGAAGCCCACAGCAACAGAGUGUGAUAUGGGCAACGGCUUCACUGAGCUGGAGUCUGAGGAUGAGUUCUCCUCGGGGUCCCAGAUGCGAAAGGUGAAGCCCGUCAAACGACGCCUGCCCUCCUCCAGCCUGACUGGCGCCAGUUUGGAUCAGCAAGACCUGAACUUGCACCUCACCUUGCUGUCUCUGAUUGAGGACAACUCUGCAGAAAGAGAGGAGGCUGAGAUUGAGGAUUAUGAAAGUGACUCUGACCGUGACUCUGCAUAUACACUGCCCUCCACACGUCACACCUCCGCCAGCGUCCUUGACGAGCUCUUUGAUUGAGGGCACAGAGACCUGGAUCGUCGUGGGAGUUCUGUUCGAGGGAUACUCCUCUUCAAAGCCACCGUGUUUCAGUGGUUUCACUACAUUCAAGUCUGCAAAAAAAUUAGAGCCUACAAAAGCCCUGUUCUGAGUUCACCUGUCAGAUCAGUUUUAAGUCGUUGAUUUUGUAAAGAAAAGAAGCAAAAGAAUGAUUGUGAAGUAUGGAGGCGAGAGCUGAAGUAUUUUCACUGUUUGUGUGUUGAAUACACAGAGAAGCAGUUUGGAUUUUGAAAGAUUCAGAAUUAUUCCGUUACGGUUAAUAAAGAAAUGUUAUGACGAGAUGUUUUGUUGUAUCACUGUUUGCUUGUAACAAGCUGAAAGUCUUUCUUUCGCAUUUUGAAUUCAGUUUCAUUAUAUUUUGUACUGCUGUUGAUGGCACUUGUUGUUUUUGAGCCUCAUUAAUUAAAAAUGUAUUAAAAGAUGCUGGAUUGAGAAAUUGA